AAUCCUAAAAAAAAACACACUCUGUCCUGUUUCUUGCCAGAAGCAGCAACCAGCAAAGAGCAAACCAAAGCAUUAAAAAUGGCUUCUUGUUCUCUAAUUACUCCCGCUUCUUCUUUAGCUUCAUCUUCUCUACGCAAGUUAUUUUCUUCAAGAAACUCCAUGGCUACUGUGGGUUUGCUCUCUUUUGCACCAAAAACUUCAAGCUUUAUCCUUCACUCUAUCAAGCAAAGGGCUUAUCAUGAAAGUUCAUUUAGAGUGAGAUCAGUGGCUGCACCAGUAGAAGAUGUUGCUGGAUUUGAUGAUAUGGUUGCUGGGACACAGCGGAAGUAUUACAUGCUUGGUGGGAAGGGAGGUGUAGGAAAGACGAGCUGUGCUGCUUCACUUGCUGUGAAAUUUGCAAACAGUGGACACCCCACUUUAGUGGUUUCAACUGAUCCAGCACACUCCUUGAGUGAUUCUUUUGCUCAGGAUUUGACUGGAGGUACACUAGUACCUGUUGAUGGACCUGAAUACCCACUGUUUGCUCUUGAGAUAAAUCCUGACAAGUCUCGGGAAGAAUUUCGUAGCGCGACUCAGAAAAGUGGUGGGACUGGGGUCAAAGACUUCAUGGAAGGCAUGGGCCUUGGAAUGCUCGUUGAACAGUUAGGAGAGUUGAAAUUGGGAGAGCUACUGGACACACCUCCUCCUGGUUUGGAUGAAGCUAUAGCAAUUGCCAAAGUGAUGCAGUUUCUUGAAUCACCGGAAUAUAGUAUGUUUACUCGAAUAGUUUUUGAUACUGCACCCACGGGCCAUACAUUGCGACUUUUGUCCUUGCCGGACUUCCUGGAUGCAUCCAUUGGCAAGAUACUGAAGCUUAGACAAAAAAUAACUUCAGCAACCUCAGCUAUCAAAUCCGUUUUUGGCCAAGAACAAACUAGCCAACAGGAUGCUUCUUACAAAUUGGAGCGAUUGAGGGAGAGGAUGAUAAAAGUGCGUGAGCUUUUUCGUGACACAGAUGCCACAGAGUUUGUCAUAGUAACGAUUCCAACGGUAAUGGCAAUCAGUGAAUCAUCUAGGUUGCGUGCAUCCUUGAAGAAGGAGAAUGUUCCUGUUAAGAGGCUUGUUGUCAAUCAAAUUCUCCCUCCAUCUACCACUGACUGCAAGUUUUGUGCAGUGAAAAGAAAGGAUCAAUUGCGUGCUCUUGACAUGAUACAGAAUGAUCCAGAACUCUCGAGCUUGACAUUGAUACAGGGACCUUUAGUUGAUGUAGAGAUCAGAGGUGUUCCAGCCCUUAAAUUUCUUGGGGAUAUUAUAUGGAAAUGAGCAUCUGUUGAAGGAUCCAAGCAGUUGCUUGGAGAUGUCUAUUUCAUUCCAAAUGAAAACUACGUGAACUGGAGGUUUAGGUUCUUUCUUAGUAACAUAAAUGCUCUUUUCAUUGCCAGCGGCAAUUACUUGAUGCAGAAGAAGCUGAAGUCUCCUGUAUUUCCGAAUCCUGUGAAGCUACGUGGAGCAGGAAGGGUGGUCGAGGUCCUUGCUCUCAACAUUGUGAAGGGCGAAAAGUUCAGUGAGAUGGCACCUUUUUGUUUUCCUUUCUGCUUUCGCAACUGAAGAGCUAAAUUUCUCAGUUUAACCUCUAGCCUCGUCAUCCAACUUAAAUUUGACAUGGCAAUAACAAUGCUAUUCAUGUAGUUCCCAAUGAGCACAAGGUGCCAAUCAAUCGCAACACAUAGCAUGGAAACAAAUCAAAUAUUUCAAGUUA